AUGGCGCAGUCGGGGUACUCAAACCCGCUCAAGAAGUUCAAGCUCGUAUUCCUGGGCGAACAAAGUGUGGGAAAGACGUCUCUCAUCACCCGCUUCAUGUACGACUCGUUCGACAACACCUACCAAGCGACAAUCGGCAUCGACUUUCUGAGCAAGACCAUGUACCUGGAGGAUCGAACCGUCCGCCUGCAGCUCUGGGACACCGCCGGCCAAGAGCGAUUCCGCUCGCUGAUCCCCUCGUACAUCCGCGAUUCUAGUGUGGCCGUGGUGGUAUACGACAUCACGAACAAGAAGACAUUCGAGAAUACAAGGAAGUGGGUCGACGAUGUUAGAGGCGAGCGCGGCAACGACGUUAUCAUCGUGCUGGUCGGCAACAAGACCGACUUGAACGAUAAGCGCGAGGUCACUACGGCCCAGGGUGAAGAGGAAGCCAAGAAGAACAACUUGAUGUUUAUCGAGACGAGCGCCAAAGUCGGACACAAUGUAAAGGCACUGUUUAAGAGAAUCGCGCAAGCGUUACCGGGUAUGGAGGGCGAAGGUCAACAAGGGCAGAGUCAGAUGAUCGACGUGAACAUCAACCCCUCGCAGCCACCAGCAGACUCGUCGUGCGCGUGUUAG